AUGAAGUUGGAUGAUGCCUUGUGGGCAUAUCGGACUAUUUAUAAGACACCCAUAGACAUGUCACCAUAUACGUUCGUGUUUGGAAAGGCUUGUCAUCUGCCGUUGGAAUUGGAAUAUAAGGCGAUGUGGGCAGUUAAUAAACUUAACUUUGAUCUUAAGGUUGCAGGAGAAGAGAGAAAACUUCAACUACUAGAGUUGGACGAGUGGAGAUUACAAGCGUAUGAGAAUUCCGAAAUUUACAAAGAACGCACCAAGCGAUGGAAUGAUAAGCGUCUUUGCAAGAAAAACCUCAAGACAGGUCAAAGGGUAUUAUUGUUCAACUCUAGGUUGUGUCUCUUUCCUGAAAACUGA